AUGAGAAAUCACACACCAGUAACCACAUUCAUCCUCCUAGGAUUGACAGAUGAUCCAAAACUAAAUAUACUUAUUUUUAUAUUUCUACUUAUCAGUUACAUGUUAAGUAUUGUUGGAAACUUGACCUUCAUCAUUCUCACAUUUGUGAAUUCCCAUCUUCAAACUGCCAUGUAUUAUUUUUUGCAAAAUUUAUCCUUCUUAGAAAUCUCAUUCACAUCAGCCUGUAUUCCUAGAUUCAUGUAUAGUAUAGCAACAGGCGACAGAACCAUAUCCUAUAACUCAUGUAUAUGUCAAGUAUUUUUCACAGAUCUGUUUGCAAUAGUAGAUUUUUUCCUUCUGGCAACAAUGUCCUAUGAUCGUUAUGUAGCAAUUUGCAAACCACUUCAUUACACAGCUAUCAUGAAUCACACAGUCUGCAGAAGGCUCAUCUCUGGCUGUUGGAUAAUUACACUGUUUCUCAUAAUUCCACCACUUGGCUUUGGCCUGACAUUGGAAUUCUGUGACUCUAAAAUAGACCACUUUAUCUGUGAUACCAACCCUCUCUUGAAGAUAGCAUGUUUUGAUACAGCAUUUAUAGAGAAGUUGCUUCUUUUCUGUUCUGGAUUUAUCCUACUAGCGACUCUCACAUUUGUGUUUUGGUCCUAUGGAAGUAUAAUUCAUACAAUUCUUGGCUUCCCAUCUGCUCAACAGAAGAAAAAGGCUUUUUCUACUUGUUCCUCACACAUUAUUGUGGUUUCCAUAACAUAUGGAAGCUGUAUCUUCAUCUAUAUUAAACCUUCUGCAAAAGAUGAAAUGACCGUUAAUAAGGGGGUAUCAGUGCUUUUUACUUCUAUCUCUCCCAUGUUAAACCCAUUUAUUUAUACAUUAAGGAACAAACAGGUAAAAUCAGCUUUGAAUGACUUAUUAAAAAGGCUACUAUACUUGGGCCCAUCUCAGGAGUAUAAAGCUAAGCACUCUCCUGGCAAGUAG